AUGCUGGCGGCACUACGCCAAGCUAGCCUCGAGCUCUCGGCUGUUUCGCGCUUCACCGACAGCGUCCUCCUUAUCUUUUGCUGGAUGACCGUGAUCCUUUUAGGGGUUGGUGUCAAUGUUGUACGAACUGGCGAGCCAGCUCGGCUUGACAAGCCCAUGAAGAUUGGCUCGUUUGCCUUGGCGGGCGUCCUGGGAGCAUUGGCGAUUGCGGAAUGGGGUAUCAAGAUCCAGGCGUAUGUGUCAUUCGAAACGGACACGUACGAUCUGGAAGAGGAAGUUGGCUAUUCUAGCUACCUGCUCAACUUCGCGACUAAGCUGGACUUUUCGUUCAUUGUGAUCGCGUGGGCGCUCAGCAUAGCGACGCUGGUGCGUUCGACGAUGAUCUGGCUACCAAGCCGGGUAGACAAGCGGUUAGACUGGUCUUUGUUGUUCUUGAUGCUCUGCUGCGGCGCAUUGCUCUUCCGAACGACGUAUGAUCUCAUCUAUCAGCUCAAGUUCGUCGACUUUAACGAUAUCCAACAUGCCCCCCCGGAACCAGCCUACAUUGAGCUGAUUGAGAUUGUCUUUCAUACAUGGUCAAUCUUCACCAUUGUCGUCAUGUUGCUUGUCUUGGGAGCAAAGAAGCGCGGUGGAUUGUGGUCAACACAGCAACCAUUCUUGCAAAACUCGGAAGCCGGAGACAGUCAGGACAUUCCUCUAGAGGAUAUAAAUGUCGAUCCGCCAGCGUACUCCGCUGCUCCGGGCUCCAAUAAUAGACCCCCAGCUGGCGCCGUGCCGCCUGCAGGUAUCGAAGCGGCGGCGGCACAUCCGAAUCCAAGGCUAGCUGGACCAGAACCCUGGCAGCAGGCUGCACCACAGAAUGAGCCCGCCGAUGAUGACCUUGUAGAUGGUCUCGGUCUCGGCAGUGCAUCAUCACACUACCGACCACCUGUGCCUCAGGAUGACGGCUACAAUUCUGGCAUCGUAGCCCCUAUGUUACCGGCAGAGGCGGAGGCAGGGCCCGCCGGCGGAUACGGGAUGGGGAUAUCGUCGCAGCCACCGCCCGAGCACGAAGAAGUCAUGGGGUUGAACCACCAGGCUGACGGCAGGCCGCCGAUCUCUGAGCCUUUACCGUACCCGGAGAAGAACUAA